GGAAAGGAAAUAUUUCUUAUACAAGACUUUUUCUAAUUCUUUUUCCCUUCCAAGUGAAAACCCGAGCUUCUCAAAAUCCUCCACAAAGAACUUGAUUCAAGAAGGAAGGAAUGAAAACAAGCAGCCGGCCAACGUUGGGUAUUCCACCAUUUUUGAGGAAAAAGAGAUCUAUCAUCCUUUUUCUUAAAAACCUCAUAUAUUUAAAGCUUCCUCCCCAGAGAUUUGAGCUCCUUAGCAUUGAUAUUGGAGUUAGGGAAUUCAUGGUGAAGCAAAUAGUAAACUCAAUUUGGAGAAGCUUGUUGCGUGUUCGUUUCUUUUUCAACCCAAGCUUGUGGAGAGUGAUCUCUGGAGAGUUAAGGCUCCACAAUAUAGUUAAGGAGCUGGGAGUUUUUUUAGAGAGAACGUGCGUAGAUGAGGAAAGUUUGUCGUGGUGGUGUGACGGACUAGGUAACGAGUGACCGGCAACUAAAGUUAGCUAGAUACGCACCCAAAUCAAUAGCGAUGAAGCAUCCCGCUAUUAUAAGGUGAGCAGGGGGUGUCUAUUUUAAAAAAUUUUCGUACCCAUAUAAUAUGUACGUAUAGUUUUACAUUAAAUGCAAAAUUGUGGAUAGCAUGAGUUGGUAAAAAUUUUAGG